AUGGAUCCGGCCGACGAAAUCAUCCCGUUGGUUGCCUCGAGCUGUACUGGGGAAACACUACGUUUCCACGUCCACCGCGGUGUUCUCUGCAAGAGCUCGGUGUUUUUCCAGAAUGCUGUCAAGCCAGAAUGGACCAUGCAGAGAGAGGGAGUCGUCAAUCUUCCAAAAGACUCUGCGAAAACAGUCGUCGAUUACAUCAAGUGGCUUUACAGUGACAGGAUGUCAAUCGAGCUUUACACAUCGGGAGGAGGCACGAUUGAGGAGAACGCCGCAGAAGCGGAGAAGGUCUUCGUUCAGCUUGCAGAAGCAUACGUAUUUGGGGAGAUGAUCGUCGAUAUAAAGUACAAGAACGCGGUGAUGGAGACUGUGGUAGCGGCCCGAGCUGCUUCUGGCUGGAAUAUGGGUCCUGAGAGUGUUACCAUCGCCUACGAAGGCACUCCUCCGGCAUCUCCACUUCGGCGCUUUAUUGCUGAGAGUAUCGCACACAAAGCGCAUCUCAACUCGAAAGACAGCAUCGGUUGGGCACAGUACAUUGAAGAAUACCCGAGGGAUGUCUUGGUAGAUGCGAUGAAGGCGAUGGUAAAGGUACGGCCGGCGGUGAGUGAAUCUUGUCCUUUGGUCGAUUCAUACCUUGAGAAUUUGUAG